AUGGCCGUCCCAUUCGCGACCCUAUCAAAUGUUGGCUCGGUUUCAUCUCCAAUCAGGACUCUGUGUCCUCUGAAGGUUUCAAGAAUUUCAAUCCCAUCCUGUUGUCUUCCCAAGCCCAUCCCAACCACUGUAUCUACUGCAAGUCAUUCCACCUUCCUGUCCGGUUCCAGCCGCCUCAUGUCUUCCUCCAACUCAUCAAACCCUUUGUUUCUCAACAAACGCGGCGCUUCUCUUCUUUCUGUCCGAGCCAUGUCCGAGGAGGCUUCGUUACAAUCCAAAGUAACCCACAAGGUAUAUCUAGACAUCAGCAUUGGAAAUCCAGUAGGGAAGCUUGCUGGCAGGAUUGUCAUCAGAUUGUAUGGGGACGAUGUUCCCCAAACUGCUGAAAACUUCCGUGCUUUGUGCACUGGAGAGUCCUUGCAUCAGUCAGGGAUGCGAUAG